UUCAUGAAUGUUUGUGAAUAAAUAAUCGGAUAAAUAAAAUCCAAAUCGCCUUUAUUUCAUGAUUUAAAAUUUAAUUGUAACAUUUAUUUAUACAUACAGUCAAUGUUAUGUUGACCUAAGUGAUAUGUGUAGUUAUAAAUUGUGGGACAAGAAGUGCGUUAUUUGGGUGUUACUCUGACAUGUCUUUCAUUUGAGAAUUCCUAAAUAGACCUUUCAUGUCGGGGCCGUGUAUAAAAAUAACAUUGGUUGAUGCGACCGUCGACCGGUCUGACUUCAGUGCCUGAUUCAGUCUGCGUCUCCAUUCACGAUGACUUCUAAAAUGCAUAUCCUGGGUACUUUAUUACUGGCGUUAGGAGCAACUGCCACAACAUUUCAAGGAGGUAUUCAAACUGAUCAAAACUUGCCACCAAGGCCAAAGGAAGGUGGAAUAGAUACGCGAUACUGUGAGUUCUACAAUGGAACUUCACCUGAUACAUGCGAUUCCACAGAGAAUUCGACCUGCCCACCUCAACCUAUCAUCAAAGAUGCUUGUCAACCUAUCGAAGCAUACAAGAGUAACCACUGCUUUGUCAUCUGGUACUAUGAUAAUACCACUAAUAAGGCAACAGUCCAGGUAAAGGGAUGUUUCAUUGACACCGUCGCUUGUAACCAGCGGGCAUCGAGAUGUCGCAUUCACAACAACAAGCGUCCACUGCUUCAUUGCUGCUGCGAAGGCGAUAUGUGUAAUGCAAACAUGACAUUUCCUGGAUACGAAGCCGGAAUGUCUACUUCGACUGAACCACCUCCUGAGAGAAUUCCUACAUCUCCUUUGCCGACCCCCGACAGCGACACGAACGCCGUUAUUGCCUACAUUUUGACACCGCUGUUUCUGCUGUUCGCUUUACUAGUCGGAUGCUACUUUUUGUACAGAAAAAGAAAAAGUAGUUCCUUCGCCGAGUUAGCGAGUGGGGAGGUAUCGUUGUCGAGACCGCCCUCGGCGGGCGGAGGCAUGGAGGAGGCCGGCGGAUUGCUGGGCCAAGUUACGCUGUGCGAAGUGCGCGCUCGCGGACGCUUCGGUGCAGUGUGGAGGGCAAAGCUCGGCCCGCGCGAUGUCGCCGUCAAAGUUUUCCCGUUACAAGACAAGCAGUCCUGGCUAGCAGAACAGAAAAUCUAUAGACUUCCUAGGAUGGAUCAUCCGGAUAUCCUGCAUUUCAUUGGGGUCGAUAAAAAAGGAGAUAAUUUGCAAGCUGAAUACUGGCUCAUCACUGCUUAUCAUGAGAAGGGCUCCCUCUGUGACUACCUGAAGGCGCACACGUUGACGUGGGCUGAGGCGUGGCGGGUGGCUGCCGGUGUGGCUCGGGGUCUCGCUCACUUGCACGAGGAAGACGGUGGGAAGCCCGCAAUCGCCCAUCGCGACUUUAAAUCUAAGAAUGUCCUCCUGAAAGCGGACUUGAGCGCAUGCAUUGCUGACUUUGGCCUGGCCUUGGUGUUUGUCGCGGGGCACGGCUGCGGCGAUGCCCACGGUCAGGUCGGGACCAGGCGGUACAUGGCGCCCGAGGUCCUCGACGGAGCUAUCAACUUCACGAAGGAUGCGUUUUUGAGAAUAGACAUGUACGCUUGCGCGUUGGUCCUAUGGGAAAUUGUUUCAAGAUGCAUCGAAGGCGGCAUUGAUCCAGCGGCGCAAUAUCGUUUGCCUCUCGAGGAGGAGGUGGGUUCACAUCCCGGCCUUGAGGAGAUGCAGGAGACUGUUGUUCAAAGGAAAAUGAGACCGCAAAUACAGCCGCAAUGGCGAAAUCACCCCGGUCUGGCCGUACUGUGUGACACGAUGGAGGAGUGCUGGGACCACGACGCGGAGGCGCGGCUGUCGGCGUCGUGCGUGCUCGAGCGCGUCGCGACGCAGCGCCCCGCCCCGCCGGCCCCGCCCCCCGCCGCCACGCCCGACACCACGCCCCUCCUCAUACACGAGCUCGCGUGAUCGCCGAAGCGCGGCGACGAACUGCCGCUUAUACUGCUGUAAGUGUUGAGGGAGCCAAUACAUAAUAUAAGUACGAAAAAUAUACUCGGUUCCAAAUCAUUUUUGAUAUAAUCAGUUUGAUCGCCUAAAAUGGCCAAAAAUGAAUUAAAACUGAAAUGGUAUUGAUGCUGUUAUAAGAGUUAGAAGUUUAUAAACUACAUACAUAGAAAAUAUAUUAUUGAAACACAACAUUUAUAAUAUAACAAUGAUACCAAUGAUAAAUAAUAAUAAUAGGGUUUGGUUGUUUUCAUAAAAUCGCUCACUUGGUUUGGUCAGUUUUGUGAUUGGCGAUGUAAACGAAUCUAAUGCUAAGUACUCACAUACGGUUUUACUCGAUCGAGCAAUCACGU